AUGAAAAUUUGCAUAGAUGGAAUGGCAAGAAGAAGAUGGGAGAAGCAAGCGGAGAAAAAGGGAGAAAUGAAUAAGUCAGACUUUCACUUGCGUAAACGACUUUCUUCUUCGCAGUCGGAUAGCAUUGUUGCAUCUUCAUCAAGACAUUCUUCAUUUUCAUCAAGGUGGAUUAGUGUCUUCUACCUCGUGAUUUGCAGAAGUGGAUUUGAUUUUGAGAAACCUGUGCAUAUUGCCCAAGUCUCAUUAUUUAGUGGAAGUUCGGGUUGGAAAGACUACAGAGGAAUAUUCAAUCUAGCAGUGCUUCUUCUCUUCGUAUCGAAUGGUCGUGUUGCUUUGGAAAAUAUUAUGAAGUAUGGUGUAUUGGUCUCACCUAUAGGUUGGAUUUACUUUAUUUCAAGAGAUCCGUGGUGGAAAUGGCCCAAUAUGGCAAUGUUACUAAUGUCAAAUAUAACCAUUUUUAUCGUCUACCUUAUGGAAAAAUUGUUGGCACGAAAAUGGCUGAGCAACAAAUCAGCUUUCAUCAUAUAUUUUCUCAUAUUUACGCUCCAUAUAUCAUUACCUGCUGCAAUCACUUGGAUUUUGCAAGUAGCUCUUAAUUGUGGUAGCGGUCAUCCUUUAUAUUCAGUACUGGCUUUGUCAGUUUAUGUAGUACUUUUUCUUAAACUGACUUCAUAUGCUCAUUCUAAUUACUGGUAUAGAUAUUUGAAUACACAAAACGAAAAUGGGAAAGUUAAGUGUCUGUUAAUAUUUAGAAGAGAUAAGUAUUAUUUUAUAUUGAAGGGAGGUGAGGAUAUCAGGAGAUAUCCCCAUAAUCUGACAUUACCAGAUUUGUACUAUUUUAUAUUUGCUCCGACACUCUGCUAUGAAUUACAUUUUCCUCGCUCAAACCGGUGCAGGAAAUCCUUCAUAAUGAAGCGAAUGGCUGAACUUAUCUGUUUGACGCUAAUCAUUGUCGCUUUGUGCCAGCAGUGGGUGGCACCUUUGUUGCGAAAUAGUGUAGAACCUUUCACAACUAUGAAUUUCGGUUUGUGCAUUGAACGAGUGCUCAAACUGGCUAUUCCAAACCAUGUUAUAUGGCUUAUUUCAUUCUACACCAUAUUCCAUUCGUUCCUUAAUCUUGUUGCCGAAUUGAUGAAAUUUGCUGAUAGACAGUUCUACUUAGAUUUCUGGAACGCCGAAACGUUGGCGGUGUUUUGGAAAACAUGGAACAUACCGGUGCACCGCUGGGCUUUGCGUCAUAUCUACCGACCAAUGUUAUCCAAUGGUUUCAGUAAGAUGAACGCAGCUUGUGCAGUAUUUUUUGUAUCUGCGUUUUUCCAUGAGUAUUUGGUCUCUAUUCCACUGCACAUGUUCCGCUAUUGGGCAUAUCUGUGCAUGAUGGCACAGAUACCGCUUAGCUUAUUCACGGAGAAGGUGCUGAAGGGAGGCCGACCGGGAAAUAUCGUUAUGUGGCUGUCGAUCAUUCUCGGGCAACCUCUGGCUAUUUUGAUGUAUGUCCAUGACUGGUAUGUAACGCAUUAUCCGCGCCCCUCGCAACAUUUUCAAGCUAUUGACAACUCCACAACAACUCAGUUCAUAAUGCCCGAGGACGGUUUUUUAUGUUCUGUAAUCAGUGAUGCAGGAAAACGGUGGUUCAUUCAUUUCGACAGAUCACGGUCAGCCGUAGUCGUUACAGAUGCCAUGGUGAGCUUCGGAAUCUCUACAUACGAAAAAACGAUGACAAUUAAGGACAGAAUGGAAUUUGCUGGAAAUGUUUCUGAAUCAUUACUAGAGCAUUCAUGGCGGUAAGU